UAUUACGAGCCAACAAUAAUCAAAUCUCAUAAGCUAUAUCGACUUCCCGUCGACGACGUGAACCUCUCCACUAAGCUCAGCCGCAACAUCUCCCUCUCCAUCCCCUGCGUCGCUUCUCCUAUGGACACCGUCACCGAGACCUCCAUGGCCGUUGCCAUGGCGGCGCUCGGCGGAAUAGGUAUGGUUCACUACAACAACACUAUCUCUCAACAAGCAUCCAUCAUCCUUGCUGCCAAAUCUCAUAAAAUCCCUUUCUCCGCCGACUUAAUCUUCGCUACUCCCUCGGAUUCAAUCCAUUCCGCCGAUGAAUUCGCUAACUCCCCUUGCAUUUUCGUCACCGAGUCAGGGAACAAACAAUCCAAACUGUUAGGACACGUGUCAAAGUCUGAUUGGAAGAACUUGAGCAAUAAGGAAGCUAGGAUUUCUGCUUAUAUGAACACUUCUCCCGUUACUCUGCCUUCGAGUUAUGAUUUCAAUGACGUGGCAGGCUACAUGGCAUCUAAAAAGCUGGACUUUGUUGCAUUAGUAAACGAGGAGGAGGAAAACGGGGAAGUAGUCAAUUUAGUGACGAGUGCUGACACGGAGAGAAUAAAGGGACUUCCGAAAUUGGGUUUGCCAUCUUUAGGGGAAGACGGGAAGUUCUUAGUGGGGGCAGCGGUGGGGACGAGGGAAUCAGAUAAAGAGAGGCUGGAGCAUUUGGUGAAAGAAGGGAUUAAUGCUGUGGUGAUUGAUAGCUCGCAAGGGAAUUCGCUGUACCAG